GCUCUCGAGACCGGAAGCUGUUGUUCAAUCGAAACAGCUUGCGCUAGGUUCUGUUAUACCGGUGUCGUACCGGGUGCGCUCGGGUGAGAAAUAAGUGAAUAAGUAAGCUAAAUAUUUUGUUUUAUACCCAAAACUAUAAUAUUAUAGCUGGUAGUAUAUUUAAAAUGUUGCGUUUAAGUGGCUUCUCUGUUGCUUUAGCUCUUGUACUUGUACCGAGCGGCAGUGAUGCUUUGAAAGAGGGGGAAUGUGAAGUGUGUGUGAACUUCCUUAGCAGGUUUUAUCAGUCUUUGAAAGACAGCGAUGUUAAGUUUAACAGUGAAUCCAUAGAGAACGCCUUGGUCAAGACUUGCAAUGAUGCCAAGGGGAAGGAGAACCGGCUGUGUUACUACAUUGGAGCAACAAAUGACGCGGCAACCAAAAUAACGAACGAAGUCUCCAAGCCGUUAAGCUAUCAUGUGCCUGUGGAGAAAAUUUGUGAAAAGUUGAAGAAAAAGGACAGUCAGAUAUGUGAACUGAAAUAUGACAAACAAGUGGACCUGAGCUCAGUGGAUCUAAAGAAACUGAAGGUGAAGGACUUGAAGAAGAUCCUAGAGGAGUGGGGUGAGGCAUGCAAAGGCUGCGUGGAGAAGUCAGACUUCAUCCGCAAGAUCAAUGAACUGAUGCCCAAGUACGCACCCAGUGCGGCAAAAGCACGGACAGACCUGUAACGACUACUCUGAAAGAGGGAGGGGGGCCAGAGGCUUCAAGGGUGGGGAGAGGGUUACCUUUUUUCCAGUGUGUGCUAUGUGGACCACCCAAUAGAAUGGGAUAGAUUUUUUUAUAUAUAUGUAUAAUCAUUUAAGUCUUCACUUCAAACCAAGAAGAGAGAAGAUGAAUUCAUGAAAAAUGAGCUCAUUCUUCAUUUAUACUGGUCAUGAAUGCAUACAAUGUUAUGAAAUUUGGCUGAGAGUUUUUCAUUAAAAAUGGGAAAAGAUUGUUGUUUGAAGCUAUGAUCAUAUUGAUAUGACUUACUGUUUCCUGAGUUAUAUCAGACUCCCAGUGUUUGCUGCAUUAGGGGUGAGAUUUUGCUAGUUUAAGACACUGCUUGUGAUCUUAAACAUUGCAGAAGUGUUACAACUUGCAUGGCAACAAAUUGAAACAAUCUUGAGUAUAUCUGAUGAAUAAGGCCAGGCUUAAUUCUCAUAUUUAGAUGCUUUGUUUAGAACAAAGUAGCUUAUAAAGGAGUGAGAUGAACUGGUUGGUGGAUUCUUUAUUUAUGAUGCUCUGACAAACUUAUAAUGUAUUUUAAAAUAAGAUUACAAUACCACCUUU